AUGCGUGUAAUAUUGCUCUUCCUGUUGAUGACAACAAUCACCAUGGCCGACGAAGACCAUAAAACCCAGACCGAUUGUGACGAAUGCCGAAAAAUGACACUCUACGCAAAUACGCUGAUGAAGAUGGUCGGCGACAAGAAGGGAGAUCCUAUACCUACCACUGGAGGCGAGUACAAAACUGUAAGUUAGACACCCCAAUGGUAAAUAUACUUAUUUUGGGUAGAAUGGCUGCUGUAUUAGUAAAUACAAAAAAAUUUUUUUUUGAAAAACAUUAGCUCUUUUUGAGCUGGAAAAAAAGUUUUUGCAUUUUAAAACCAUUGUUUUGGAAAAUGUAAAUUUUUUAAAAAUUCGAAUUUCAGAAGCUCGUGAAGUGUCGCCAGAAUAAUGCAACCGAUACCCAAAUCACGAAGCGUUGCCAUUUGCAUGAGGACGUACUGAACGCCAUGCACGAUGCCCGACUCCACGACAACAUUAUCGAUUGGCGCAAAAUGUGCGCCAAUACCUGCAAACUCCGGAAAAUCUAUGGCCAUUGA